GCUGAGACGCGCCCUCCAGUUCUCCCGGCUCGGCUGGUGUUUGCACGGCCUGAGGCUCGCCGCGUUCCGAAAUGGCCGAGCAGCCGGACCAGACUGUCAAGUACUACACCCUGGAAGAGAUCCAGAAGCACAACCACAGCAGGAGCACCUGGUUGAUUCUGCACCACAAGGUGUACGAUUUGACCAAGUUCUUGGAGGAGCAUCCUGGUGGGGAAGAAGUGUUAAGGGAACAAGCUGGAGGGGAUGCUACUGAAAGUUUUGAGGAUGUGGGACACUCUACAGAUGCUAGAGAAUUGUCCACAACGUACAUCAUUGGGGAACUUCAUCCAGAUGAUAGAGCAAAGUUGACCAAGCCUUCGGAAACUCUCAUUACUACUGUUGAUUCUAAUUCCAGCUGGUGGACCAACUGGGUGAUCCCAGCCAUCUCAGCAGUGCUGGUGGCUCUGAUGUAUCACUUCUAUACAGCAGAAGAUUAAACACAUGCUCAGAAGUGGAGGAAAGAAAAGACUGCUUUGGACCAGGGAGAAAGAAGCCAGUGUUAACUGCUUCAACUGACAGAUGCCUUCACCUGAGAAAUAAUUUUAAUACACCUGUUUCCCUUUUCUCCUACUUUGAACCAAACCAAAAAGAACUCUUCUGUUCUUUCUACUCCUGAACUCUUUGAAUUGUGCCUUUUGUUCAUCAACUUUUUUUGAUGUUCCAUCACUACAUAAUUUACUUAUUGUAGGCAUGAUCUUUUAAAAAAAUAUAUCUGGCUUUUAAAAUAUGCCACUACGAUUUCCUGUCUAUUUGGUGUAUAACUGCCUUUAACAUUUAGAAUCUGAUUAUUUAGCAGAGUCAUGUAAUGUGCUAAUUAUCCAGACUCAAGUAGUCUGUCUGACGUGAGGUGGGCAGUGUCCCCCCAUCCCUCCUUGCGCUGCGCUCUCUCCUGAACAACCCAGCACUGCCUGCUCCGGCGUGGUUUCCAUUCCCGGGGAAUUAAGAAAAGCUCAGAAAUGAAAGAUUGCUAAUUGUUCUACUUGAAAUAGAUGAUAAAAAGAGAAGGUGGCCUAUAGGACCUAUGAAAAAGACUCUUACCUCUUCCUUGAUUAGAAAAUGCAGUCAACAUAAAAGGAAACCCGUGAACCAUGAGAGGACAUUUAUGUCCCCUCUCACAGACUAAAAAUUUACUGAAGAGAUUCUGUCAUAUGGGUUCUAAAGUUUAAAAAAAUUCCUCAUUCAGAGGCAAAAACUGUUUUAUAUACUCAUUAAGGAAAUGUUGAUUCUGUACUUCACAAAAACAAAAUUUGAAAGAGAUUAUGGGACAAUUGGAGUCUGAUUUUUGAAGAAAUGUAGCUGGUGGUGAUGAGGCCUGAGGAAAUCUGUUAUGGCUCUGUUCAUUUUCUCAGUGGAGUUCCAGUAGACUAAUUCUUUCAUCUUUAUUUUCUGCCCCAUGCUUUUUUUCUUAAAGGAUGAGUUAGAUUCUAAGUACUUUGUAGUUACGUAUGACUGUGCAAGUUUCCACUGGCAGGCUAACCAACUGAUAAGCAAUGGAGUUCUUCAGAAAUAACUAAAGCACCUUGGAAAGGAAUUUUUUUAAUUACAGAGCAUUGUUUAAAAAGAGGCAACAGGCCCCAAAUUGAGUCACUUGUGCUAUACCCAUGUCACCACACCAAGACUUGAUACCUAAACUGAUGGCAAUUUCAGCCUCUCCCAGGAGUGGAAUCUUAAGCCAGUCAGUCAGGAAUUACCUGGUCAGCACUAGCGAGAUAAUUCCUGGUGGACAUCCUCCCUCAGCCGCUGACCCCUCAGAGGAAGAUGACUUUGCCUGAAACAGUCAGCUCUGCUCGUCUCUUUCUGCCCAUAAACGUCUUCCGUUUGGUACAGCUCUUUGGAGCUUCUUUCUAUUUGCCAGACAGGAUAUUGCCCGAUUGAUGAAUUGUUGAAUAAAAAUAAGAUCUUUA